AACCCAAGAACAGUGAAUGAACCCAGCCAGAGCGAAGAUUAAAAAAAAAACCAACCAAUCAGAUUCAAGCAAUUAUUGUCCACACGUGUAAAUCCCGCAUCCUCCACGCUCGUUUCUCCACCACCACCUCACCUUUCCUUCUUCCACAUUUCGCCGUCUUAUUUCUAACCCCCCUCCCCACUUUCUUGUUUCCCAUUUUACCCCCCCUCCACCCUCUCUUUUUCACUGACAAUAAUCGUUUUCGCCGUCGCAAAAAACCAAACAACACCGACGAACUCAGCGCCACCGAUUUUUCGAUGGCCUCAGCAAUCUCCGAGCGAGUUGAGCUCGCUAAACUCUGUAGCUCUCGAGACUGGUCGAAAGCAAUUCGAGUUCUUGACUCGCUCCUUGUUCAGUCUUGCGCUAUUCAAGAUAUCUGCAAUAGAGCGUUUUGUUACAGUCAAUUAGAGCUACACAAGCAUGUGAUUAAGGACUGUGAUAGAGCGCUCCAGCUAGACCCUACGCUUCUUCAAGCUUAUAUUCUCAAAGGUCGUGCAUUUUCAUCCCUAGGAAGGAAAGAUGAUGCUCUUUUGGUGUGGGAACAAGGCUAUGAACAUGCUCUGCAUCAAUCUGCAGAUCUAAAGCAGUUGCUAGAACUGGAGGAGCUCUUGAAGUUUGCAAAACAAGACAGGAGUGCUGGUUGUGAAACCCAUGUCGUUGAAUCUAGAUUGUCUAUGUAUGCAUCUGAAUCUCAACCACAUAGCAAAUCAGAUGAAACUUCUAAGCACCAAAAUAAAUUGAGUGACAUCUCUAAUUUAUGCAGUGGGUCAAGGAAUGUACUGGGGAUCCAUAGCAAGUCUGGAGAUAAUUUUGAGAUACACAAGGGGAUAAGUGAUGAAGUUGGAAGGUCACUUAAGCUUGUUCCUGAAUCAGGAUGUCAUACCAAUGAAAAAUCUAGUGAAACCAGUAAAAAUCCCAGUAAAGCGAGUGAUAAAUCUGAGUUGUGCAGUGAGCUAAGGGAUGCUCCUGAGAUCUGCUGUAAAUCUGGGUAUAAUUUUGACAUGGAUAAUGGGCUAAGUGAUAAAGCUGAAGGAAAUCAAAAGCCUGGUAUCCUAGUGAAUGAUAAUCAUGAUAUUCUUGAUUUGCCAAAUCAUGUUUCUGAAUCUUGUAGUGGUGUAAGCAAUGCAUCAGAACUAUCCAGUAGGUUAUCUAUGAUACCUGGCAACUUAGGAGAUACAAGUGAAAUUCUGAGCAAGUCAAGUAAUAAAGUGAACAUGCAUAAUGAAGUAACUGAUGAAACCAAAGGAAAUAAAAAAUUAUGUGUUACUAGGAUUUCAAAGACCAAGUCCAUAAGUGUAGAUUUUCGACUGUCAAGGGGUAUAGCACAGGUUAAUGAAGGAAAAUAUGCUACUGCCAUAUCUAUUUUUGACCAGAUACUGAAAGAGGACCCCACUUAUCCUGAGGCACUUAUAGGAAGAGGGACAGCACGUGCAUUCAAAAGAGAACUAGGAUCUGCUAUUGCUGAUUUUUCAAAGGCUAUAGAAUCAAACCCAUCAGCUGGUGAGGCAUGGAAGCGGAGAGGGCAGGCUCGAGCUGCCUUAGGGGAAUCUGCAGAGGCCAUUAACGACUUGACUAAGGCAUUGGAGUUUGAGCCAAACUCUGCAGAUAUCUUGCAUGAAAGAGGAAUUGUUAGUUACAAGUUUAAGGAUUUUGAUGCUGCUGUUGAAGACCUUUCUGCAUGUGUGAAGCUUGAUAUGGAUAACAUGUCUGCCUACACAUAUUUAGGUUUGGCAUUAUCUUCAAUUGGAGAAUAUAAAAAGGCAGAGGAGGCACAUCUAAAGGCAAUCCAACUUGAUCGCAAUUUUCUUGAGGCAUGGGCUCAUCUAACCCAGUUCUAUCAAGAUAUGGCAAACUCAACAAAAGCUUUAGACUGCAUCAAUCAAGUUCUCCAAAUUAACUCAAGGUUUGCAAAAGCAUAUCAUUUGCGUGGGCUGCUGCUUUAUGGAAUGGGUGAACACAGGAAAGCCAUCAAGGAUUUAUCAAUUGGGCUGAGCAUUGAAAAUGCAAACAUAGAGAGCUUAUAUUUACGAGCAUCUUGCUAUCACGCUAUCGGAGAAUAUGGAGAGGCGGUUAAAGAUUAUGAUGCUACACUUGAUUUGGAACUAGACUCAAUGGAGAAGUUUGUGCUCCAAUGCUUGGCCUUCUAUCAGAAAGAAAUUGCUUUGUACACAGCUUCAAAAAUCAACAGCGAGUUUUGCUGGUUUGACAUUGAUGGAGAUAUCGAUCCUCUGUUUAAGGAGUACUGGUGCAAAAGAUUGCACCCUAAGAAUGUGUGUGAAAAAGUUUAUAGACAACCUCCUCUGCGGGAUUCUCUGAAAAAGGGUAAACUUAGAAAGCAAGAUUUUGCCACAACAAAGCAGAAGAUUGCUCUAUUGGCAGCUGCAGAUUCGAUUGGCCAGAAGAUUCAAUAUGAUUGUUACGGCUUCUUAUCCAAUAGACGACAGCAUCGUAUGGCAGGAUUAGCCAUUAUUGAAAUUGCACAAAAGGUUGCAAAAGCAUGGCGUUCUUUACAAAAUGAAUGGAAGCAUUCUAAUAAAAGCACAUCAAAAUAUGGUAAACGUGUCCGGAGAAGAGUCAACAUACCCAGCCAGAAUAGAGGUGGGGCAGGUUGUAGUACCAGUAGUCCCUCUGAAACGACAACCUCAUAUGGCGUUCUUGAAGAUAGAUCAUCUGGCCGUUCUACAAUGUCAUGGAAAGAUGUUUACUCGAUGGCUGUCAAAUGGAGGCAGAUAUCUGAACCUUGUGACCCAGUUGUUUGGGUUAACAAGCUAAGUGAGGAAUUCAAUUCUGGAUUUGGGUCUCACACACCAAUGAUUCUUGGACAAGCGAAAGUUAUUCGCUACUAUCAAAAUUAUGAAAGAACAUUUGAUGUUGCAAAAACAAUCAUGAAGGAUAAACUCUUUGUGCACAACAAGUCAGACAACAUCAUUGAUUUGCCCAAAGAUAAAAUUCAAGCUAUUAUAGAUGCAAAAAACUGUUCUGAUCUAUACAACGUAGUUGGUGAGGACUUCUGGUUGGCUACAUUGUGCAGCAGCACAGCAUUUGAAGAGAAGCAACUUGAGGGCACGAGGAUUACUCUAGUGAAGAUGGGUGAAGGUGGAUUUGACUUUGCAAUCAGAACACCUUGUAUGCCAUCUAGAUGGGAUGACUUUGAUGCAGAAAUGACAAUGGCAUGGGAAGCUGUGUGCAAUGCUUAUUGCGGUGAAACUUAUGGGUCAACUGAUUUUGAUGUCCUUGAAAAUGUUAGAGAUGCAAUUCUAAGGAUGACUUAUUACUGGUACAAUUUUAUGCCAUUGUCUAGAGGCUCUGCUGUUGUUGGGUUUACCGUUCUGCUUGGAUUACUUCUUGCUGCAAAUAUGGAGUUUACAGGGAAAAUCCCAAAGGGUAUACAGGUGGACUGGGAAGCCAUUCUGAAUUUUGAUCCUAACUCCUUUGCAGAAUCUGUUAAGAGGUGGUUGUAUUCUUCUCUAAAGAUUACGACAUCUUGGAAAGAUUAUCCAGAUGUCGCAUCGACUUUGGCAACAACAGGAUCUGUAGUUGCUGCUCUGAGCUCCCAUGAUGAUUGAGCUGCUAUGAAUCCAGAGCAGUGAGGAAAGCGAUGUGUUGCUCUUCCCUGGAAUGGAGUCCUCCCUUCAUGUGGACCAGAAUCUCGCCCAUUUAGACAACAGAUGCCUCCGUUCCAUACCACACCAGUUUAGCAAUCUUGCAGGCAUUAUGUGUUGUACAACAUCUUAGAAUAAUAUAGUCGCAAAGCUUUAACAGUUGCAGAUCUCCAUAUAUUCAAAAAUAAAUGCUCAUGUUUGCAGAAGUCUGUUCAUUAGGAUAAAUAAACAACAUGUCAUUAGCCUUGUCGUUGUGUUUCAUUUGGCUUGGUAAUGAUUGUAUUUGAUCGACAUUUUCCUUUGCUGGUUUUGAGCACCUGCUAACAUCCAUUGGUCGUGUGCUUCAUCUUCCCGCCGGAAACUGUGCCAACGCCUGCACUCUAUAUUGUCCUUCCAUAUAGAUAACAACCAUGUGGAAAGUUGAAUACAAGGUGUAGCUCAUUUUAUAUUAUUCUUGGUUUAUGUAAUGUUUGUUUUUGAUGCA